CCAUUUCUUCUUCUUCUUUUUGUCUUGCAGCUAGGCUUCGCCCAAUCAGGCCAACUUCAUAGUUUUUAAAACAAAGCGCCUGAACGUUAACUUGCCUUUGAAGUCAAACAAAAAGGAGCACUUUAUUCUUCCUCACUUUGAACCUAAAAUACACCAUUUUCGCAUCACAGGGUAUUUUUAGAGGGCUAUUUCUGUUUCUACCCCGAGUAUUAAUAUUGCAAUUAUUCGUUCGUGUUGUGGUCCGACAGCGUCAUUCGAGCAGUAAUCUCUGGAAACGACAUGUUUCUCUAUGAUUCAGCGAUAUUUGGAUCCAACCUGGACUGCUGAUCGUGCCUGAUGAUGCCUGGCUUUCUUACUUGUAAGAAGUCCCUAAAGCUGGUUGCCGAAUAAGAGGAAGACAUGUGCUGCGAUUCAAACCUCAUUUCAAGAUGGCGUGUCGAACAGACCUUCUCUGUAAUGCCUCAGCAUGUGGAAAGCUGGAAGAAGUGUUGAAUUUAUUGCAAGCUGGAGCUGAUGUUAAUGGACUGAAUGCGUUUCGGAGGACUCCUCUGCAGGUGGCGAUGCUCGGAAAUGCCAACCUCGUCGAGCUUCUGCUCGAGGCAGGAGCUGAUCCCAACGCGCGAGACCCGACGCUAAACCUGACCGUGACUCACGACGCCGCACGCGAGGGUUUUGUGGAGACUGUGCGUGUUCUGAUAAAUCACGGAGCGGAAGUGAAUCUCGCGGACGAAACCGGUAACCUGCCGCUGCAUCUGGCCGCAAAGGGGGGACAUCUGGAGAUGGUCAGGAUGCUCCUGGACCUCACCGAGGACCCCCGGAGGACCAACGACCUGGGACACACCGCGCUGAGCCUGGCGCGAGACUUCAAGCACGAGGAGACGGCUGAUUUCAUUGAACAAUAUCUGGGGCCCUGAGUGACGUGAGGGAAGGUCUUGUUGCUAAUUUGUGUUUAUUAUAAUGGGCCCUCAGAGGAAGAUUAGCUCUUGUAGUAGUGGCAUAACAGUCUAAUUGUCAGAAGGCAAAUGAAAAUGUUAUUUUUAUCAGAGUCACCUCUUGUGACCAGACUCUACUCACCAAAGGUGAGUAAAUGAAAAAAGUCUUCAGUGUCGCACUCUAUUAUCUUUAAUAAAAGGGCUUUUGCGACAAGAGGUCACUUCCUCACGCACGUGAUUCCAGCAGAACCGCGGCAUUGUUUUCGAUUGUUCAAUAAGUUUGUAGCUUCUACUGUUGCGUCUUCUUUGUGCUGAAGUGCUUUAUAAAUAAAACGGAAAUGCGUCUUUAUCAUGUGACAUCAGAAGCCAUACUGAUUGUAAAAAUAUAUAAAGAAAUACCCAUCAACAGA